AUGAUACGCCCAGCUAAGGAUAGUCCCGAAGAAAGACUAUGGCUCUCCAACUUGGACCUGGUUCAACCAAGACUCCAUCUCCCUACAGUGUACCUGUACAAGCCGAUUGAUUCUUCCAAUUUUUUCGAAGCCCAAGUGCUCAAGGAAGCUUUGAGCAAAGUUCUUGUGCCAUUUUAUCCUAUGGCUGGAAGACUGGGAAAGGAUGAAAAUGGUAGAAUUGAAAUCAACUGCAAUGGUGAAGGAGUUUUAUUUGUUGAGGCUGAAACAAAUAUUGCUCUAAGUGACCUUGGUGAAUUCAUUCCUGUCCUGCAACUUCAGCAGCUGAUUCCAACUGUUGACUAUUCGGGCGACAUCUCCUCCUAUCCACUUUUUGUUUUACAGGUCACUAGAUUCACCUGUGGUGGAGUUUGUCUUGGCGUAGGGUUCCUUCACACUGUAGGAGAUGGUGGUGGGGCAAUCCAUUUGAUCAACACAUGGUCUGACCUAGCUCGUGGCCUGUCCAUGACCACCCCACCAUUCACCAACCGAACAAUGCUCAGUGCCCGAGUCCCCACAAACCCUAAAUUCCACCAUAUUGAAUACGAUCCCCAUCCCACCAUGAACAGCCAUGAUCCUACUACUCCAACCCAACAAAAACCAUCAAGUUCCAUGGCAAAUUUGAAGAUCACACUUGAUCUAAUGAAUGCCUUGAAGUCCAAGACAACAGAAAACAAUGAAAGCAAAACCAAGUAUAGCAGCUUUGAGGUCCUAACUGCACACAUUUGGCGUUGCACAUGCAAAGCUCGAGGUUUGCCUGAUGCCCAAGCAACCAAGCUAUGCAUCCCUACCGAUGGGCGGUCCAGAUUCCAUCCUCCACUUCCAUCUAAUUAUUUUGGCAAUGUAGUGUUUCAUGCCACGCCAAUUGCUUUAUCUGGGGAUCUUUUGUCAGAACCAUUUGCGGCUACAGCAGAGAGAAUUCACCAAGCUAUAAAGAGAAUGGAUGAUGAGUAUUUGAGAUCGGUUAUUGAUUACAUGGAAGAGGUCGGUGACCUAAAGCAGAUCACUCAAGGAAUUAGACUUUAUGAGUGCCCAAACCUCAAGAUUAAUAGUUGGCUGAGGCUGCCGUUUUAUAAAGCUGAUUUUGGAUGGGGUGCUCCAUUGCUUAUCCGGCCGGCAAUUGCAUCCGAUGGCAAGGCGGUCAUGUACCCAGGUCCGGUCAAUGAUGGGAGUUUCUUCCUGGCUAUAGGCUUAGGGACUAAUCACGUGAAAUCCUUUGAAAAGUUGUUUUAUGAUUUAGAUCAUUAA